UCUGUCCCAGCAUGCUCCACGCUGCAGCGAUGGCGGCUGCCGCGGCGGCGUCCAGGCUGGUGGCCUCGGUGCUCAAACCCCUCGCCGCCGGCCUGACGAGGAGUAAAGUGGCGCUGAGGAGAAGGGAGCGGAGGUCUUCAUACCUGCUGUUGGCUCCAUUACUGGCUCAAGCUAAAGCAAGAGCUGAUCUGCCCCCUCCACCUUGUUGCAUUUCUGCACACAAUGUUCAGCGGUUCCAGUGGAUUGGAGAGCUUGUUCCAGCUUUUGGAAUUUCAGGGAGUCAAGUGAAUGUCUUACGUUCACCCUCAGAAUUCUAUGAUACAUUGAAGGAACACAUCAAAAUGGCAAAGAAGAGAAUUGUUUUGGCUUCCUUGUACCUUGGAACAGGUCCUUUGGAACAGGAGCUGGUUGAUUGUAUUGAAGAAACUCUGCGAAGGUCACAGGAGGAAACUAUGAUACCUGAUCUUACAGUUGCUGUUCUGCUAGACUGCACAAGAGGGUCUAGAGGGAAGAAGAACUCUCGAACUAUGCUGAUUCCAUUGCUGAAGAAGUUUCCAAAUCAAGUGCGUAUCUCUUUAUAUCACACCCCAGAUCUCAGGGGUAUUCUUAAACUCCUUGUUCCAGAGCGGUUCAAUGAGACAAUUGGCCUACAACACAUCAAAAUCUACCUCGUUGACAAUAACGUUAUUAUUAGUGGAGCAAAUCUAAGUGAUUCCUACUUUACAAAUCGCCAGGAUCGUUAUGUUUUACUCCGUGACUGCUGUGAGAUUGCAGAUUUCUUUGAUGAGCUGGUCAGUGCAGUCAGUGAUAUCUCGCUUCAGUUGGAGCAGAAUGAUACAGCUGAUGUGAAACCAGGAAUGGUCCACCCAUUCACAGGCAGUCGAAGAGAUUUUUGUGCGGCAGCACAUGAGAGGGUCAUGGCUGUGGUGAAUGAGGCAAGACGCAAGCAGCAACACACAACCCACCUAACAGGCUUGGCUAAGAGCCCUUCUCAAGAAGAGUUGGCACUUACUUCUGACAUCGAUCCAACUCUCAGAGAGGCAGACACUUGGAUUUACCCCAUAAUACAAAUGAAGCCAUUUGAAAUUAGAAUAGAUGAGCAAGUGACUGAAGCCUUGAUGACUGAAGCUGAAGAGGAUUCUAGGAUCUACUUGACUUCGGGGUAUUUCAAUCUUACUCAAACCUAUAUGGAUCUAAUUUUGGGAACCAGUGCAGAUUACCAAAUAUUGCUAGCCUCUCCAGAGGUGAACGGUUUCUUCGGUGCUAAGGGUGUAGCAGGAGCCAUUCCUUCAGCUUAUGUUUACAUUGCCAGACAAUUUUACAGCAGCGUGUGUCAGAGUGGGCUACAAGAUAGAAUAAUGUUACGUGAGUACUUCAGAAAAGGGUGGACUUUUCAUGCAAAAGGUCUGUGGUAUUACUUGUCAGGAAGCAAGUGGCCUUGUCUAACUUUGAUUGGCUCUCCCAACUUUGGGUAUAGAUCGGUACAUAGAGACCUGGAGGCUCAGUUAGUGAUCGUGACAGAGAAUCGCAAGUUACAACAGCAGUUACACCAGGAACAAGAACACUUGUACCGUUUAUCAAGUGAAGUUUUGACUUCUACAUUUGACCAACCGAAUAGACAUGUGAAACUCUGGGUGAAACUGGUAACACCUUUAAUAAAGAACUUUUUUUAGAAACUGGCAAAGGAUACUUCUGUUAUUAAAAGUCCAGACAUAAGUCGGACCUCGGGUACGGGUUUUAUACACUGGGCAUUCGUAAAUAUUUUUUGUUUCUUGACGAUCGACUGGAAUGGCUUUGAUAAAGGCAACUGGCAUCGCUGGCGUAAGUUCCUUCAGUCGUGCGUCAGCAAGGACUCCACUGUUCUUAUCCCAACGUGCACCUUUCAACAUAUAAAAUAUUGUUAGUGAUUUGGCUGGAAAAUCUUUUGCUGCAGAGUUGUAUUUUGUUUAUUGAUAAGCAAGCAAAAAUAAUGAAAACUGAAUGAGUUCCUUCUGUGAUGGAAUGUCUCCCAGAAAAUUUUUGUCAAUGAUAUAUGUUAUUUUAGGAUCUUUCUAAUUUGGUAGAAGCUAAUAAAAUCAAUGAAAGCUU